AUGAUCAGCAAACGGACAGUGAUUGUUCAGUUGGUACUUGUAUCCUUGGCAGAGGUCAGUCUUGCCCAAAUUGGAUCGGACUACAAAAAGUUACAUAACGAGAUAUUUAACAAGCGUUCCUACCAGAAGUCCAUUCUACCCCGCGUUAACAAAAACAGGCCGCUACCUAUAUUUUUUUCAUUCUCUCUUCAUGGACUCAUUAGUCUAGAAGAGAUUGAGGAAAAACUAACAACUAUCGCACACCUGACGUUGGAAUGGAAUAACACGUUUAUGUCGUGGGAGGAGGCUGACUUUAGUAACAUCUCUUACUUUUACAUGCCCCAGAACGAUGUGUGGAAACCGGACAUCUCUCUUCAAAAUGGCUUUACAAAAUUAAAAGAACUUGGCGAUGACGUCAUUUUGGUGAAAAUACGGUCUUCCGGUGUAACAAAAUGGAAACCGUUCGAAGUACUCGAAACCAUGUGCGAGAUUGAUAUAACAAAAUUCCCAUUUGAUACACAAGUUUGCAAACUGGUAUUCAGAAUGUGGACAACAGAAUCACAAGACUUGAAAUUCGUAUUAAGGGACCCCGCCAUAAAUCUGUUGUCUUACGAAGCCAAUGGUGUGUGGGAACUCCGCUCCGCCACAAUAGAACUCGUAUUAGGACACGCGAUCAUCCUCUUAACACUGGACCGACGCCCCCAACAUUACAUGCUUACCCUAAUAUGUCCAAUCAUCUUACUUUCUGUCUUGAGUAUAUUUACUUUCAUCAUUCCUGUUAAUAGUGGAGAGAAAAUGGGAUACAGUAUGACAGUUUAUCUGGCGUUUGCCGUUUUGCUGACCAUAUUCAGUUCUUCUUUACCCGUCAACUCUCGCACCACAUCCUAUUUGGCCGUGUAUCUCAUUAUCCUAGUCAUCAAGGGGACUUCAAUCGUCAUACUGACCGCUGUCCAGGUCCGAAUUCAUGAUCGGCCCCAAAACAUGGACGUGUCUCCGCGCAUCCAACGAUUCAUCAGAAUCACUAAGAGAGUAAGUUUCUGUUGUGGAAGCAAUGCGGCAAAAAACAGGGUUAAAGAUACACAGAAAAUAACCCCCAUGAGCAGGAAGUCGGAUAACAAUGCUCAAUUACCACCAGUCUACAUAGCGAAGGAGAAGUUUACGGAAAGUUGUGAAUAUGAAGCCAAGGUUGAUGAAAUAUUUACCUGGGUCGACUUUUCUUCGGCUCUGGACAGAUUCUGUUUCUGCUUCUUCUCUACAGUCGCUGUAGUUUUGGCAAUGUGGUUUUUUAUCUCUAUUACAUAA